UAGAAACAAGAAGGGAGCUGCAUACCUGCACCGGUUAAAGAGUUUGAUCGGGUUGCUAGGAUGAGCUGCCUUCAAAAAUGGAAGCCAAUUGCUGUGAUGGUUGGCGUUAACUUUGCUAUGGCUGUUGUGAACAUUCUUUUCAAGAAGGCUCUCAAUGGCGGAAUGAAUCAGCAGGUUAUUACCACAUACAGGCUGUCAACAGCUGCAGUUUUUUUGGCCCCCGUUGCAUGUUGCAGGGAAAGGAAAAGCAAUAAAAAGUUGACAGCCCUCACCUUCUGCACUCUAUUUUUCAGUGCACUGACAGGAGGGACUCUCACUCAAUAUCUCAUCCUAAUCGGGCUUAAGUAUACAUCAUCUACGUUCUCUUGUGCUUUCAUCAACAUUGUACCCAUAAACACAUUCAUUAUGGCACUCAUACUUAGAAAGGAGAAAAUUAACAUGAACAGCAAGAGUGGGAAAGCCAAAGUAUUGGGGACAAUAAUUUGUCUUGGUGGGGCUUUGGUAUUAACGCUCUACAAAGGAACUCCAUUGACAAAAACCACUUCGAAAGAUGUUGAGGCAGAGCAUGAUGUAAAGAAUUGGGUUAUCGGGUCAUUGUUUCUAUAUGCAGGAAGCUUGGCAUGGUCUUCGUGGUAUCACAUACAGGAUAGGGUCGGGAGAGAGUAUCCCUAUCAGUAUUCUAGCACAACUAUUAUGUCCUUUCUAGCUGCUAUUCAAUCUGCUAUCCUAUGUUUUAUCAUUGAGAGAAGAACAUCUAUAUGGAAACUGAAAGGAGCAUUAGAGAUCUCGACCAUUUUAUAUACUGGCAUAGUGGGAUCAGGUAUAUGCUUUGUUAUUAUGUCAUGGUGUGUAAAGCAGAAGGGUCCCGUCUUCACCUCAGCGUUUAGUCCCUUCAUUCAGAUUUUUGCCGCUAUCUUGGAUGUAUUCUUACUUCAUGAACAAAUUCACCUGGGAAGCAUUUUAGGAUCCAUUUUGGUUGUUAUUGGCCUAUAUAUUCUUCUGUGGGGCAAAUGCAAGGAAACAGAAGUUUGCAAAAAUGUACCAACAGCAGAAAAGGAUGGCACUAUAUUACCCGUUAGCAUCAGUCCCCCUGGCCCACUUCGUACCUAAAUGUAAUCAGAUUUAGCAGAUGAAAAAAAAAUUGUAAUCAGUACAGAGAGUAAUGAUGAAAAGUUUCUCAA